AUGGCCCGGCUGGGCGCCUUGCUGGUGGCCGCCGCCUUGGGCGCGCUGCUCAGCUUCGCGCUGCUGGCCGCCGCGGUGGCCAGCGACUACUGGUACGUCCUGGAGGUGGCUGACGGCAACCACAGCGGCCCCGGGCACGCCGAGCCGCUGUCCUCGCACUCCGGGCUCUGGCGCAUCUGCGAAGGACAGAACAGCUGCAUCCCCCUCAUCGACCCCUUUACCAGCGAGAGCCUGGACAUGUCCACCUCCGUGCAGCACCUUAUCUCGUUGCACCGCGCGGUCAUGGUGGUCCUGCCCCUGAGCCUGGUCCUCAUCGUGUGCGGCUGGGUCUGCGGCCUGCUCAGCUCCCUGGCCCAGAGUGUCCCCCUGCUGCUGUUCACUGGCUGCUACUUCCUGCUGGGGGGUGCCCUGACCCUGGCGGGCAUCAGCGUCUACAUCAGCUACUCGCACCUGGCCUUCGCGGAGACAGCCCGCCAGUACGGGGCCCAGCAGGUGCAGGCUGUGCGCAUCAGCUUUGGCUGGUCCUCGGCCCUGGCCUGGGGCUCCUGCGCAGCCGAGACCCUCAGCGGAGCCAUCCUGCUGGUGGCAGCCCGAGCCCUCAGCCUGAGCCAGCGGCCCGGUGGCCUCCACUCCGUGGUCGUCUAAGUCGGAGUUGGCGGGAGAGCAGUGCUGUCUCCUUUUGUGGCUCCUAUGGUCGGUAGUCAGAGCCCCGGGCCCAAGGAGCAGCUGGAGAAAGACUGGGGGUCCCACCUGUCAUCCACUUGUCAUCCUGGCUGGGAAGGGGGUCCUAGGCAUGGGCGAGGGGCUGGGGUAGCACCAGGGUGGCACCGGGGCAUCCAGGCUCCUCAUGCUGGGCAAAGCCAGACGUUUGGGGCUCCCCUGACCCCACUUAUGCCCUCUAGGGACUGACUGCUUUAACCACCUCCUUAGCAAAGUGAGCCCAGAAAGAGGAAGAGCAGCUGAGGUCAUGGGAUUCGUAUGCUUAGAGUCAGGGUGGGUGCCGCAGGUUCCUGGGACAGGCAGAGAAGCCCCCCUACACCUGGGGAAGGAGGGGACUCAAGAGAGAAGUAGGUGUCAUUGGUUUAAUACCCCCAGUGCUAGGUGCUGUGUGCCCACCCACUCGUCCAAUUCCCAACAACUCUGCAUGACACUCACCAUCCACCCGCUUUACAGAGGAGGAGACUGAGGCCCAGCGCGGUGGAGGACCUGCCUGGAUCACCGAGGGGCCGAUGGCAGAGUCAGGCGCCUGCAAGGGCCAUGUGACUCCCAAACCUCCAUCUGUCCUGGGAGGGCAGGGGGAGCCCAGUGGGCCCGAUGGAUGGCCUUGGCCCCUCCCAUGUCUCAGACCUGGUGGUUGGUUUAAGCUGAGCACUUUGGGGUAGGACAGGCCCUUGGGCCUCCAUCCCUGCACUGGUUCGGACACUGCUCUUGCUGAUGGGGGCUCCGAGACACGGCCCUCCCCCUUCUGCAGAUCGUUGGGAAUAUCCGUGGUUGCCAGGGGCCCCUGGGGCCUCUGGGGCCCCUGGAACAAUACUGAGGGGGCAGGAAAAGUGUACAGUGGGGGGGGGGGAGCACUAUUUGCCUGCUCUGAGUGGCCAGGAUGAAGGGGCUUCAUCAGGAGGUGACAGUGCUGCCUAGGGUGGUCCGGACUGGAAACCAGGCUCUGCGCCAACGAGGCUGCAGGCUUAUUGGACAGAAUUGUGAGCUCCAGGCAGGGUGGGGAGCAGCCCCAGCCCCACUGUCCCUUGGCUGGUAUAAGGGUAAGACCUGGAGAACAUGGGAGACCUGAGUCAUCCUGGCCUGUAGGGGCCAGGGCAGGCUCAGCUCUCUGUAGGCAGGGAAGCUGGGGUGGCUCCAGGAGGGUCUGCAGGGCACUGGGCAGCACUGGAAGCCCCCAACAGCCCCACUCUGGGUGCGGGCCCUUCCUGAGUCUGGGAUGAGUGCCAGGGAAGAUGGCGGCCUCUCGGCUUGGUCUUCCUCCCUCCCCCGCCUCCCUUUGUUGCUUCCAAGGUUACAGGAAGCUCCUGGGCACAGGGUCCUGGAACUGUUGGAACCUCCUGGGGGACCGGUGGGGGGUCUUUGCUUCCUCCUCUUGUUCUAGCUUUUACCAUUUCAUGUAGGAACCAUAGCCAAUUUGUCCUUAAAUAAAUCAACUUGUGUUGUGUGUGAGUGAUAUAAGCCUUUUUUUUCUCUUCACUUUUGUCAAAAUAGCUAACACAUGCCAUUUCAUACAAGCAAUGCAAAGGUGAACAGUGAACAGUGACCAACUGUGUGCGCACGCGUGUGCACGUGUAUGUGUGUGCACAUGUCUGUCCAUCCAUCCAGGGAAAUCCUAUGAAAGACAACAAGCCGGCUUCUCCUUUCCAUCCAGCAGGGCCAUGGGAGGAGAGCUCUGUGUUCCCGCCAGGUGAUGGCUUUGUGGGCAGGUCCUUUAGUCAGUGAGGAAAGCUCCUGGACCUGAUUGGCUACAACUUGACUUCUCCUUCCUAUUUGCCCCAUGGCAUUCGCUGGGGAGGUUUCUCCUGGCUGAACAGGGGUUGCUGGGCUUUGGGGUUGGAUGCCAGAAUGGACACGCUGGGAGGCUACUUGGGAGGUGAGAAUUCCAAGUGGGGGACAUGUGGCACUUGCCCCUUCCUUUCUUCUAGAGACAUCGUCAGGACACUGAGCUGACUGUCCUGAGGACGUUGUCAGGAGGGAUAGGUGCUUGAGCUGAAAAGUCAUGGAUGGUCAGGGCUGAAUGCAAGCUGAUGAUGAGGCAGACGUACAGAGAGCCACCAUCAGGGGACAGAGGUUGGACCCACAGGGACCAGGGGCCCCUGAGAGAGCUGGGAGAGCCUCAACUCUUCAAUCGCCAACUCUCAUCCCUGGGAGAUCCCACUACAGUAACUUUCUGUCCUUGGAGGUUCCCGUGAUUGCACAUCG